GGUGGAGCCCAGUUCGCGCAGACUCUCGGGGGAAGGGGGCGUGGCUACGGUCGGGCCUGCCUGAAGAGCUGCGGUCUGUUCGAGGCGCAUGGUGUUCCCGGCUAAGAGACUGUGUAUGGUGCCGUCCAUGGAGGGCGUUCGCUGGGCCUUCUCCUGCGGCACCUGGCUGCCGAGUCGAGCCGAAUGGCUGCUGGCGGUGCGGUCGAUCCAGCCUGAGGAGAAGGAGCGCAUCGGCCAGUUCGUGUUUGCCCGCGACGCCAAGGCGGCCAUGGCUGGUCGUCUGAUGAUAAGGAAAUUAGUUGCAGAGAAAUUGAAUAUCCCUUGGGAUCAUAUUCGUCUGCAAAGAACUUCAAAAGGAAAGCCGGUUCUUGCAAAAGACUCAUUGAAUCCCUAUCCCAAUUUCAACUUUAACAUCUCUCAUCAAGGAGACUAUGCAGUUCUUGCUGCAGAACCUGAGCUACAAGUUGGCAUUGAUAUAAUGAAGACUAGUUUUCCAGGUCGUGGUUCAAUUCCAGAAUUCUUUCAUAUUAUGAAAAGAAAGUUUACCAACAAGGAGUGGGAAACAAUCAGAAGUUUUAAUGAUGAAUGGACUCAGCUGGAUAUGUUUUACCGGCAUUGGGCACUGAAGGAAAGCUUCAUAAAAGCCAUUGGUGUUGGAUUGGGAUUUGAAAUGCAGCGGCUUGAAUUUGAUAUAUCUCCAUUAAACUUGGAUAUAGGCCAGGUUUAUAAGGAAACACGUUUGUUCUUAGAUGGGGAAGAAGAAAAAGAAUGGGCUUUUGAGGAAAGCAAAAUAGAUGAGCACCAUUUUGUUGCAGUGGCUGUUAGGAGACCUGAUGGAUCUAGACAACAAAAUGUUUCAUAUCAAGAUGACUCUAAACCAUCGCAGAGGCAGUUUACCAUUCUUAACUUUAAUGAUUUGAUAGCAUCUGCUAUUCCUAUGACACCUGAGGAUCCUUCAUUUUGGGACUGUUUUUGCUUCACAGAAGAAAUUCUAAUACGAAAUGGUACCAAGUCAUGAUAGAUUCCCUGAGUAAGGAAAAGAAAUGAAAAGGGCAAUCUUCUGUGUUCACUAAACUAAAAUGCUGGAUGUGCUCAGAUUUUAUUUAUCAAAAUAUUUUUAAGACCCAAAUGCUUUUUAAGACCA